UGAUCCUAUGACUGAUGAUUCAAUCUCUAUUUGUAUCACGCUUUUAAUUGUUUGUUUACAAUGUGUAAUAUAUCAUCAUCCUUUAGUCUUAUGGUGAUUUUUAACAUUCAACAAUUUCCUUAUAUCACAGAGUUUGUAGUAUGUAUAAUAUAAACAAGACACCUAUUGUGACAGACAGAUAGUGACAGAUUUCAAGUUGAACAUUCGUUCGUUGUCUUUAUUUUUUUUUGGCAAUCGGCUCGUUUCGAUAGACUCAUUAUCAUCAUCGUUCAAGCAAACGAAAACUAAAAUAGAAAACCAAGACACCACAGAAAAAUAAACAAGACAAAAAGAGAACUUGUCAAAAAAAUUUCUUUUUUAUUCCUUCCUUAUUCCAUUCAAACGACCUCUUACUCAGCUUGGAAAAAACAUUAGAAAAUAUCUCACGCAUCGCUGAAAAUUAUGUAAUCUCGAAUUUUGGAAAUUGUAAAAAUUAAAAAUGAUUUCACCUUUUUCGUUCACGAAUUCGUGAUUUGAUUUUUAUUGAACUUUAUUUUGUUUCUUUUUCUCCGCUAUCUAUGUCAUUGUCCAACCACAUCUCCUCCUAAUCCAAUUUCGUCCAUUUUUAUCCUGUCAAUUUUCCCACCCCUUUCCUCGACUUUGGAGGGGUUCACCACUACAUGGCAUAGACAUGUGUGUUCCCUGAGCGGUCUUCUGUUGAUUUUGUCAGAGAUAGAUUUGCCAUAGAGAAACAAAACAAUACGAACAAACAUAAACAAAAUAUAUAUAUAUAUUUUUUUUUUUCAACCGCAAACAUUGCACUGAUACCUUCUUUAUUCUUUAUUUAACAUUUUUUUUUCUUUAAGAACCCAGUGGAAAUAGAUUCCAUUAUAAUAAAUAUUUGACUCUUUCUCCUUCUCUUGUUCCAUUUAAAGAACCGCAAAUUACAAUUUCUCAUAUACUUUUCAUUUGUUUAUGAUCUCAUUACCAGUUUGUGACCAUCGUUACCCUCUAGAUAUCCUUAGUCAAUUUUUGUUUUCCUGACUUCUCUUCUAGCCUUAAGAUUCCUUUGAAAUGAUGGGUUUUUUUUUUAAUUAUUCUCCAUUUUUUUUAUUGUUGGUGGAUUUUCCCUCUUCUUUUUAUCUUGGUUCCACACUUUGCCCCCUAUCCCCCCUCCCCUUCAACUUUAUCACGUUGUCCCUUUUUCACCACUUCUCAAUUUAUCUCUCAUUGACACACACACGCAUCUGAUUUCACCGAACCAGGUUCUGUAACUUAUGCUACCUGUAUCAAGAUCAUUUUCGCUCUCCUCUUAAUCUUUGGUUGGUUUAAUGCUUUUGGGCUAGAAUUUUUCCCUUAUCAUACAUACCCCUACCCUUUCCUUUUUUGUAUAUAUAUAUGUACGAAUAUGCUGCACGCUCCCUUCCAUCGUUAGUGUGUUGCUGUCACUUACUGUUUCUUUCUUCUUUUUUUUUUUUUUUUUUAAUUACGCUCCUGUUCUUUAAAUUUUGGAUCGAUAUUCUUAUUUGUUGUACUUUAUUAUUAUUUUUUGGGUUAUUUUCUUUUUUUGUCGGUUUCUCAUUGAAUUACAAAUUUCAACUCUCCUUUAUUUGUUUUUUCCUUUUUUUUUCUUUCCAAUUAAAACCAUUUAUAGUAUAUAAUUAGUUCCCUAUAUACAACAAAUCAAUACACUCCUCCGCCUUGCUACUACUUACUACGUACAAGGUAUACGAAAUUUAGAUUAUCUGAUUGAAUCUGAUCCCUCCAUUCCUGCUCUCUAUCUAUCCUUUCGACCUCUCUUUUUUUUUUUCUUCUCUCUCUUUCCUUCCUUAUUUCUUUCCUUAUCAGACUAAAAAAACACACACACACACACACGUUUUAUUGGAAUCUUUCAGUUCCCUCUGCCCCCUUCCAUUUUUGGUUUAUCAUUCCUUUUCUGCUUCUAUUCCGCCUUAUAGAAUCUCACUUUUGUUUACCUUUUGUUUUUUAUUUUAUUGUAUUUUAUUUUAUUUUUACUUUGGUUUUUCGCUUGCAUUUAAUCUUUUUUCUUUCCCUCUUUAAAUUGUUUGACACUUGACGUUUGGUUUUUUUACCUUUUUUCUUCCUGUAUGUCUGUUACCUUUGAUUUCCUUUUUCUCUUUGGUAAUUUAAAAAAGUGAUCCUUACCAUCAACAGUGAUCCACCCACUCGACUACUCUCGUUUCUAUCAUCACUUUAUUUUUCCAUCGGUUCGCCUUUUCAUUUUCUUUCUUUCUCACUUGCUCGUUUGAAAAUAAUUUAAACUCUCUUCUCUAUUGGUGCGGGCUCUAAAAGUGUCUUUCUCUCUUUCCUAAUAUUAUUUUGGUAUCAUGGAUUCUUCCAAUGCUCCAGCUUCUGUCACAACCUCUCCCUCUCUCUCUCCGACAUCAUCCAUCUCCAAAUCUGGCUCGCCAGGCCACAAAUUUGCUUGCUACCCUCUUUUGUCGUCACCCUCAGUCUCUACAAACACAACCCCACAUGCUAUAUCCCCUAACGUUUCGUCAGAUCAGCUUACCGAAUGCACCGUCCUUAACCCUUCUAAAAAGCUCCCAGACCCACGAGGAAAACCCAUUGCCUGCUUGUUUGUCGGUAGCUUGAAUUCUUCCCUCACUGAAUCUCAGCUCACUGUUUCCGUCGAGAAUUAUUUUCAAAAAUGGGGUCCCUUGCUUCAUGUCAAGGUUCUAAAAGACUGGCUUCAACGCUCCUACUCUUUCGUGCAGUUUGCCAACGUCGAGGACGCUUCUACUGCUCUGAAAGAAGCUCAAAAUACUUUGCUUGAUGGCCGUCGCAUUCGUAUCGAACGAGCCAAAGUAAAUCGUAGCAUCUAUCUGGCUUAUCCAUCAGAUCCAUCUAGUUUUUCUACCACUGAUGUGUACCAACUCCUCAAACCCUAUGGUCUCGUUGAGGAGCUUGUCCAAACAAACGAUCGCUCAGGCUUUUUGGUUCGCUUCGUCUAUCGAGAUGAUGCCAUCUCUGCCUUCAUGAGCCUGCGGAAUUCUCACUAUAAAGUCGUUUGGGCCGAGAAUGUCUCUGCUAAAUCCAUCUUCCGAAAAAAAUAUCCUAAUUCCUCCUUCAAUCACGUCCGUCCACUAAAAAGUUCUUCCUCUUCCAACUCGGUCUCUCUUCAAAAAUCUCACAGAAAUCCUCCCUCUCAAGAAACUUCGAACCCGUCUACUGUAUCUACUAACCUCCCCUAUUAUUCCAAUAUGCCAUCUUUGGCUAGCCCUACCCCGGUUUCUUCUUCUUCAUUGACUACUCCUAAUUCAGCUACCAAAUCUGAUAAUUGUAGUAAUAUGUCUACACCGAACAAAUCCAUGAGCCCUCCCUGCACCAGCCCUUACUCCCAAUCAAAGUACAGCAGCAAAUCUCCGAGUAUUUCCAAGUCAACCUUUUCUCCACCUAAAUAUCCUUCCUUUAUUCCCUCGACUCACCCAUACUUCCAACCGGUUAUGCCGUUCGUCGAUCCGUUUUCAAUUUUUGUCGACCAUUUAGAUUCUAAAAAUUGCACGCGUGGCUCUCUCAUUGAACUCUUUUCUGAAUAUGGUAAAGUUUUGGAUUGCAAAUUCAUUCGCCAGUCGAACAAACCUGCAUUUGCUUUUCUGCAAUUUGAUUCCCAGCAAGCUGCUUUCAACGCCGUUAACAAUAAACCCCAUCCUUUUUUCCAAAAGAAACCUCUACGUGUCAAAUUUCGAGUUCUUCCCCCUUCUACUUAUCCGGUUUCUUCUUACCAGGUUCCCAUGUUUUCUCCUUCUUUCCUUCCUUCACCAAGAGCAAUGUUUCCUGCUGCAAAUCCUGCAAAUUCGUCCUUGACUUAUCCUUUUCAUCCAUCCAUGACUCCCGUAAGCCCUACCGCUGUUGGUUUGCAGUCUGUUUAUCCAUAUUACCCUUAUCCCGAAUUUUGUUAUGCACCUGGAAACCUUUAUUAUUACGGGGCUUCUUCCGCUUCUCAUAUAAGCGGUUCUGAGUAAGUCCUAUCGUCGAUAUUCAUUAUUUUGGUAACUCGCACAGAUGCCUAUUGCGCAUUAAACUGGCAAAAAAUAAAAAACAUAUGGCGCAGCUAUAGUAGCCAUAUUCUAUUCUAUUCCCGUUUUUUGAAGGUUUAGUUUUAAUCAAGAUCCUUAAUAAAUGAAAUUCAUUUCUCAA